AUGCGCAAACAGCGCGAGAGUCCUGUCGUGCGCGGCAUCCACGGGAACCUGUGCUCCUAUCUGGAUGGAAUGGUCGUGCGCGCUCUAGACACAGCGAUCGAGGUGCUCGAGACGAGCGCGGUCGGCGCCCUGGUCGUCAUGGGGUACUGCAAUUGGGCGGUGCUGGGGUCGCACCACAAGGUAUUUGAGACGGUGCAGGGCGUCCGGCCGGUCAGCCGCUAUUCCGCGUGCGAAUAUGAGGCGGAGGGCAAUGGUGCCCGGUAUGCACGAUUGGUGCGCGCCCUCCAGCCGUUCGGGACGCUGGGCGGGGAUGGUCCCCACGUCACCAAGAAACGCGUUGAGAUGGAGAAGAUGUACAGCGUGUGCAGGAAGCAGCCGGAAUCAAGUGUGGCGUGGCUGGCGGAUGCGACGAGAAGCUUGAUGGAGCCGCGCGUGCUGCGCAAACUUGUGGACGUGGUGCAUUUCGAGUGGGACGGGGAUGUCGGUGCUGUCGAUUACUGUCCAUGA